AUUCUGUGCCCAGAAUUUUUAGGUAUCUCCUAGGGUAUAAAUAGGACCAUUUUCUGUUGAUUUCUCUUAUUAAGAUGUUUUUGACCACUAAACUGCUGUUGCCUGGCUGUUUUUUAUUUACUGCACCAUCCUGUGUAAACUCUAGACACGGCGAUGUGUAGGAAUCCCACAGAGGUGGCUAUUUCUGACAGGAUGGAACCACCGCAUCUGCCACCGACAGUCACGCCACAUUGAAUAUCGCUUAGAUCGUGCAUCUGAGCUGUUCUAAUGCUUAGCCAAACAGUAACUGAACCUUUUGACUCCCUCUGUGCGUUUUCUGUACGGAGGAGCUGGCGGCUUGUGUUAACAAGCCUGUGUAUUUAAUAAGCUGGCUGCCAAGUGCAGGUUGUCAAUAAUCUCAUGCUUUAAAUAGUUUUCGUGUGAAACCCGUUGAAAUGCGUUGUUUAGUCAGCAAGCAGAGUUCUGGCUUUUACCCCAUAUAUAUAGUGCUUAAGGCACAUAAACAGCCAUAUACAAUAUUCCUACGAUAUAAAAUGUUUUCUAGCAGAUGCACAAUUGUGAUUAAGGGUAAUAUUUCUAAAUCCAGUCCUCGGGGACUCCCAGUCGCUCCAUGUUUUUGCUCCCUGCUUGGAGCUUGGAGGGAGCAAAAACCUGGACUGUCUGUGGGUCCCUGAAUACCGGACUGGGAAACACUGCUUAAGAGAGAAAUUCCUUGUUUUGUGAUCAAUAAGAUCUAUGCAAAAUUGGAACUUAAUAAAGGAAACAAGGCUAAGCAGAUAAAGGCACGUGUUUAUAUCCUAAUUUAUGCAGCUGUUUUUAUAAUUUAGGAAGUAAAAUACAUUUUUUGAUUGCAUAGAUGCCUUAAUGGUGUGAAUGCCCUGAUUACUAGGCACACUAGAUGACAUCAUCCACAGGAAAUGGCAUAACGUGGAUGUGUAGCCCAUGCCUAGGGGGGGGGUCAUAGAUCUCUGUUUAAAAUCUCUGUCUUAUUAGAGCUGAGUAGUUAUUGUUGUGUGCUGGUGUGGAAAGACUCAAAGUGCCCUGUCUCUGGAGGCAAGGGGGGAAUCAAGCAGGGUGUAAUUUGUUUGCCUGAGCUGAAUAGCCAGACCACCUAAGAUGGAGUAAUGUAUGACAGACAUCUGUACACGUCCCAUAUAUUUUCUACAAUCUCACUCUGUGGGCUUGUAGCAUCAGCCAGAUUGCACCUUGGAGAAAACUCCCUGUUAUCCUUUCAGUCUCUCAUUUGAAUGUGCCUGAUUUAGGGCCCGAUUUAGGGCCAUGUUGUCUGCGUUUGCACAUCAUUCAUCCUCUCCUUGUUGUUACUGUCUUAUGAUGUACCCCUUACCUUUCUGCUUCAUUUCCCAUUUUAUAGCUUAUUGGUUUUAUUUUAUAUAAAAUGUUUUAUAGUUUAUGGUGUUUUUUAUUUAUGCUUCUCGCUUUACAUUCUCUUGGCAACCGAGAAUUAUGAGGGCAAAGUGAAUGAAAGGGGCCCUUCCUUGGACUCCAUUGGGAUUGGUGUGGAGACUGGCUGGCUACCCUCUGGAUCCCUGAGGAGCUGGACAGCUGUAAAUACGGCCUGAAAGGACCACGUGUGCCGCUUCGUGGGCUGUGGCCGCAACGACCGCUUCAACUACGUGGUGAUGGAGCUGCAGGGUCGGAACCUGGCGGACCUACGGCGGAGCAUGGCCCGUGGCACCUUCACGGUCAGCACCACGCUGCGGCUGGGCCGCCAGAUCCUGGAGGCAAUCGAGAGCAUCCACUCGGUGGGCUUUCUGCACAGAGACAUCAAACCGUCCAACUUUGCCAUGGGCCGGUUCCCCAGCACGUGCCGGACCUGCUACAUGCUGGACUUUGGCCUGGCACGUCAGUACACCAACUCUUGUCAAGAAGUUCGGCCGCCUCGCCCCUUGGCUGGUUUCCGGGGGACUGUGCGCUAUGCAUCCAUCAACGCACACCAGAACAAGGAAAUGGGUCGGCAUGAUGAUCUUUGGUCCCUCUUCUACAUGUUAGUAGAGUUCAUGGUAGGCCAGCUGCCUUGGAGGAAAAUCAAAGACAAAGAGCAAGUUGGCAGGCUCAAAGAGACCUACGACCAUCGGCUCAUGCUCAAACAUCUGCCUUCAGAGUUCAGCGUAUUCCUGGACCAUGUCUGUAGCCUAGACUACUUUACGAAACCUGACUAUCAGCUAUUGAUGUCAGUGUUUGAGAACAGCAUGAAGACCUACAAUGUGGUAGAGAACGACCCAUAUGACUGGGAGAGGAGCACAUCGGAUGGGAUCUUGACCAUUAACUCCACGGCAACCACAGCGCAGCACCACACCCGGCUCACGCCAGCGCACAUGGGGAUGGCAAAUGCAUCCUUAGUCCCGGGAGACCUGCAGAGGGAGAACACAGAUGAGGUUCUGCAAGAUGAGCAGCUGAGCGAUGGGGACAACAACUGUCCCCCUGACAAGCAGGCGGGCUUGUCAGGCCUGCCCCUGUGCCCCCAGGAGACCGACGUAUGGGAGGAACGUGACCGUAACCGCAACCGGAUCAGGCCCAUCGUCUGGAAGGCGGCGACGGAAGAAGAGCAUAGUCAGAACCACGGGGACCAGAGCCCGUUUGCUGGGCCCAGCCUGGGUUCUCCCGUGCGGGUGAGGUCUGAGGUGGUGCCGUCAGAUCUGGAUGCCCCGCUGCUUAGGAAACUGCGUAACAUCCACAGCUUCGAGCUGGAGAGGAUGCUGACUCUGGAGCCCAAACCCAGCACCGAUCGCUUCCUGGAGACAUGUUUAGGGAAGCCGCAGGAUAGAGACAGUCAGGCUGGGUUGGGUCUGACCGUUCCCGGCACGCGCGGCGAACACGUGUGGCAUUACGACGAGGAGUUCGUGUCGGGGGGGUGCUCCCCCAAGCCUGGCUCUCUGGGCUCACUGGAGCAAGGAGAGGGAGCGGCCAGCAGUGGCUUUGUGGCCGUGAAUCUGAGCUCGGGCCAGCAGGAUGUGGAUUCCCGGGAGUGGGUGGUGAUCGAGCGCGGACGAGACCUUCAGGAUUUCGGUUCCAGCGGGACCGGCCACCCCAACGGCAUCAGGGUCUCCAGCAGCCCCUCAGAGGAGGAGCCAGAAAUAUUACAACCAGGCAAAGACGCAUCUAGUGGGGGUAGGGGUAGCACUGGCUCUGCCCCAGUACCCAUAACCACCUCUAGAGGAGGAGCCAAGGUGGAGAGGCUGGACCUAAGCAUGAUGCCCCCUGGGAACCUGCCUGCUGUGACCCCCACUAGCCCAGCGGAGGCCAUGGCUGAGGGAGUUCUCACCCAGCUACCCACCUCUCCCCGGUCCCUCCCUGAGGAGCUGGUCGCCCGGACCUCCAGCCCCCUGUUCCUCCGCUCCCCCAGCCCACACACCCUCCUGACCACCCUGUCGGACCCUCUGCACCAGCACGCCGGCAGCCUGCGGCGCAGCCAUUCGGCCGAGCAGCAGCGUUCCCCCCCCGGCCGUAGGAGGCUGCCCGCCUUACCUGCGGCCGUGGCCUGCACCAAGCUCCCCUCUGUCAUUCGCAUCACUCGGGCUCAGCUGCAGCAGCUGACGGCGCCGCGUCCCUCUGUGCUGUCCUCCCAGUCUGUCUCCGACAGUGUGCCACAGUGCCUCAUGCUGGAAAAACAAGACACUGAUCUCCAGCCCCUAGACAGCACAGCUGAUCUGCACUCACCCCAAGAGCGCCUACCCACCCAGCCUGGGAGCCCCAGCGACCCCCUGGGAGACAAGGUCUCGAACGGAGACGCCUUCCAGAAGGUGGGCAGCCCUGUGCCGAGCCUGGUCUCCUCCACGCGCUCUCCCCGAUCUCCCCGAUCUCCCCGUUCUCCCCGAUCGCCGCAGUCACCACGCAGCCCCGUCUUUGCCAACGGCCAUCUGUCGCCCCCGAUGGUGACACCAGGCGAAGGCGCCGGUCCAUUUCCAGAGCUGAAGGACCCUGAGAGUGACUCUGGGUAUCCUGACCGUUCCACGGAGCCCAAUCCACAAACACUGGAGGAGGUGGAUGGAGGCGGAGUGGAGAACACCGGGCAGAACCUGUCGCCACUGCCGCUGACGGCACGCAGAGACCCGGCCCGGCGGCUGAGUCGCAUUCCCAUCCUGGAGCCUGGCAGCCUCCUGGACUCCCCUUCCCCUGGCUCUGCCAAGGAGAAGCUGCUACAGAAGAAGGCCCACCACCAUGGCACUACGCCUUCCUCACCUUCACCCUCUCCGUCCCUUUCCUCCGACAAGCGCCCCCCUGUGGCCACGCUGCCACGGGACCCGCUGUCCUCCGCAUCUGACCGUUCCCAGGACGAGGAGUCUUACCUGGGAUCCCGCUCUGACCGCCAGGGAGAUGACGCUCCUUCCCUCUCCUCCUCAUCCAGUCCACUGUCCCGUAAAAGCAAGAUCCCACGCCCCGUGGCCCCCCUGCCAGCGCCUCAGCGCUUUUCCGCCCAGUUCUUCCCCCGCCCUCCCCCAGGGAAGCCCCCCAGUCGAUCUGUUGUCGAUGGCAGGCUUCGCCGGUACCGCAUCCGUGCCGGUAGCACCAGUGAUUCUGAUCUCCUCACCUGUCUGGCCCAGCUGAUGCAUAAUGGUUCUCCUGUCCGAGGAUCCUCCUACGGCCGUUCGUCACUGCACGGCGGCUUCCGGGGCCCCUACGGUGGGCCGUGCGUCCCCCAGCGCAGCGCCAGUGCCUCCCCGCGUGGCUCCUUCUCCCUCCAGCGCUCUUCCAGCUCCUCCCCCUCCCGACACGAGCUGCGGGGGGGCGGGAUGGGAGGCGGGCCCGGCGGCUGCUUGAGCCGCAGCCGCUCGCCGCCCAGCUUCUCGGGGUCACCGCCACUGCGCCGGGCCUACCCUCAGGAGGGCUGCUGUGGCAGGCAGGCGCGUUCGGGGUCCUGCUACAGCCCCCGGGGCAAAGGCUGUAGCCGUGAGGGCAAGUGCCCCAGCAAGCUCAGCAGAUAGUGCCCCCACAGCAGUGCUGUCGAAGCGGAGGAUGGGAACAAUAAUGCUGGUGUCUGUGUUGGGGGGGGGGGGGGGGGGGGGCAUGGCUUUUAUUGAAGCCAGUCUUGUUGGAUGUUAUCAGAACAUUUUAGAGGUUUUCUCACCUUUCUCCUCACAUCACAAAUAAUUACUGCAUAUUUUUCUGCUCUUCCUGACACUGUUGAUGUCUCUCUUGACAUUCCUUUGCUUUCUGGGAUUCCUCCGUAUCCUACAUGCUUUUAUUUAAAACCAUGCUUGAGUGAAAGUUUGGUAACACUUUACUUAAAGCGCUCAUGUAUAAUGCAUUAUAGAUGCAUUCAUAAAGUAUUAUAGACAUGGCUAUAACUAUUCAUAAAAAGGCAUAACACAUUAUAGCCAUGUUUAUUAUAUAUUAUGAAUGCUUUCUGAAGCUCUCAUCCUCCUCACCUGUCUGGCCCAGCUGAUUCAUAAUGGUUCUCCUGCCUGAGGAAUGUAUAAUUCACUAUAUCUUCAUAAUGCAUUAUAAUGCCUUAUACUAACCAUUAUGAUGCAUUACGAAGGUGUUAUAACUGCAUUAUAAUGCAUUAUUUAGGUAUUUAUAAUGCAUUAUGAUGACUGCUUUAAGUAAAGUGUUACCAAAAGUUUUUCUGUUUGCAAACAGAGCUGUAUAUCCUGGCUUCCUGAGCCGCAUUUCAUUUAUUAUGCAUACACUAUUUUGUAAGUAGCGUACUUGUUUGAGAUAGCAGGGUCAGACAGGCUCUGAAGCAAUUUGGGUGAUAAGGAUCUCACUGAGGGGCCCAAAGGUGAAAUCUAGUUUGUUAGCUCUGGGAUUUGCACCAAUGACCUUGAGAUUAUGGGCACCGCAUUUGAACCUACUGAGCCACGCGUCACCUGAACCGCUGGUGUAUUGGGAAGCCUCUCCAAAGGGACUCAGAGUGAAGUUCCCCCUAAUAGGAACCGAACAUGGCCAGGGUGUCUGGUGUUCCUACCAUACUCACUUUAUAUAGAUGCAUAUAUAGGCAUAGAAAUCUGACUUAGCUCAGACCUCAGUUCUACUGUAGGAUGCAAGUGAAUAUGUAUUUAUUGAACCGUAUGUGUAAUGCAUAGUCAAAUGUAUAAAAACAUUUAGGUAUUUACUGACUGCAUGCUGUACUGGUAGUGUUCAUCACAUUCAGGUAGUCUGCUAAUGUGUUGUCAGGCAGUGAGUGCGUGGGCAUGAGUGACCGGGGCAGGAAAUCCACCUUAAACUCCUUUUUUAGGUCCCUGUUCCUUGCUUAUGUAGGCAUUUGGACAUUGGGCAUCACUUUUAUGUUCUGAGGGCAGUGUCAUCUGUCUGCAGAAAGACUGAAGGUACUUAGGGCUUAUUUUGCCCACUAGGACAGAACUGGCCUUCAUGCUGCUCCCAUGGAAGAAACGAUGGGGCUUCACUCUGAGUGCUGUGCGGUUUAGAGGCCUUAGAUAUCAGACACAAUGUAUUCCAUGUAAUGAUUCAUAGGUAUCGAAAUAAAAGUUUCUUAAAAUGU